UUUUUAAGUCGUAAAAAACCCAAACGUUUUAUUUUCACUUCAUGAAAUAUCAAGCGACUACCCUAUUUCACCGUGGAAUUAGGCAGUAAAACGCCAGGCCAUCCAUCAUGGGAGUUCCAGCAUUCUUCAGAUGGUUGAGUAAGAAAUAUCCAUCUAUCGUGGUUCACGCCGUUGAAGAAAAGCCUAAAGAAGUGAAUGGUGUCACAAUACCUAUGGACAUAAGCACACCCAACCCCAACGAUGCUGAAUUUGAUAAUCUCUACCUGGAUAUGAAUGGAAUCAUCCAUCCAUGCUGUCACCCAGAAAACAAACCAGCGCCUAAGGAUGAGGAUGAGAUGAUGGUAGACAUCUUUGCCUAUAUCGAUAGAUUGAUGAGGAUUAUUCGCCCAAGGCGGAUGCUGUAUAUGGCAAUUGAUGGAGUUGCUCCAAGAGCCAAGAUGAAUCAGCAGAGAUCUCGACGAUUCAGGGCCUCCAAAGAAGCUAUAGAGAAGAAAGCUGACAUUGCUCGCAUACGAGAGGAGGUCUUCUCCAGGGGCGGCUACCUUCCGCCUCCAAAGCCAAGUCAGCAACAUUUUGACAGUAACUGCAUCACACCAGGUACUGAGUUUAUGGCUAGGUUAGCAGAGUGUCUACGCUACUACGUAACCGACAGACUCAACAACCAUCCUGGCUGGCAGAAUCUGAAAGUCCUCCUGUCCGAUGCUAAUGUACCAGGAGAAGGUGAACACAAGAUCAUGGAUUACAUCAGAAGACAACGAGGUAAUCCUGACCAUGACCCAAACACCCACCACUGUCUCUGUGGAGCUGAUGCGGAUCUGAUCAUGUUGGGUCUUGCAACACACGAGCCUUACUUCACAAUCAUCAGGGAAGAGUUUAAGCCCAACACGAGACGACCCUGUGAACUCUGCAACCAAGUUGGUCAUGAUUUGAAGGAAUGCACAGGGGCUCCUAAGGAAGCACAGGAAGAAUUGGAUAGUCAACCUGCUCCUAUGGGUGAAGAGACGCAGUUCAUCUUUCUGCGUCUGAACAUCCUCAGAGAGUAUCUGGAGAAGGAAUUAUGGAUGACUGGAUUGCCAUUCACAUUCGACUUAGAGAGAGCGAUUGAUGACUGGGUGUUUAUGUGCUUCUUCGUUGGUAAUGAUUUCCUCCCUCAUCUACCAUCCUUAGAGAUCAGGGAGGGUGCCAUUGAUAGGUUGCAGAAACUCUAUAAGAAAGCUGUGUACAAAACAGGGGGCUAUCUGACCGAUAGUGGUAUGGUCAACCUGGAUAGAGUGCAGUUGAUCAUGACUGAUCUGGGUGAAGCUGAAGAUGAAAUCUUCAAGCAGCGGAGACAGAAUGAGCUUCGCUUCAGAAAGAACCAGAAAGAGAGAAACAAGCGCAUGAAGAUGGACCAUGGCUUCAAACGUGGGGGACUCCUAGCACCACAGGCGAUAUCAAGGAACUUCACUCCAGCCAGUGCUAGAGAGAUUAAAGAUGCAAGAGAUAACAGCACUUAUUCCCAACAACAAAACAAGUACGCAGCGGAUGCGUUGAAGGCUUCCUUUGUUGCAUCAGGGAGCAGUGGCAACCAAAACAGGGCGGGUUUAGGAAUGAAGAGACCCCAUGAGGGGGAAGAGGAAGAUGAGUAUGAGAAAUUGGACAAGACGGAUUCUGUCAAAUUAUGGGAGGAUGGUUGGAAGGAACGCUACUAUGAGGGCAAGUUUGACGUCCUUGCAACGGAUAGACAAUUCUGUCACAAAGUGGCAGAGGCAUACAUCCUAGGUAUGUGUUGGGUGUUGCGUUAUUACUACCAGGGCUGUCCAUCGUGGAAUUGGUACUACCCCUAUCACUAUGCCCCCUUUGCUUCAGACUUCCUGGAUGUAGCCAAGAUGCCACAUGACUUUGAGACGGGUACCAAACCGUUCAAACCCCUGGAGCAGUUGAUGAGUGUUUUUCCCGCAGCCAGCGGUAACUUCAUUCCUGCCACAUGGAGAGAGCUCAUGUCAGAUAUUGAUUCUCCAAUCAUCGACUGCUAUCCGACUAACUUCAAAAUCGAUUUGAAUGGCAAGAAGUACGCAUGGCAAGGUGUUGCUUUGCUGCCCUUCGUUGAUGAGAAACGUUUGUUGGAGACCGUCGCCAAGGUCUACUGUGACCUCACAGAAGCAGAGAGGAAGAGGAAUAGUCUUGGUCCGGAUCGUCUUUACGUCCACAAGAGCAAUCCGCUGUUUGCCUUCUUCAAGGAGCUGUAUGACACAGAUGCAUUAGACAAGGAUACAACCAAUGUUGAUCUUGACUCUACCCUUGACCAUGGUGUAAGGGGAAAUAUUGGCUAUGAUGAGUACGUCUGUUUCCAGGGAGGCACAAAGAAAUCAAGUGUACCAUCACUUCCAGACCUAGAGAAGAACAAUGUUUUAAGCGUCAGUUAUAAGGACCCGCAGUAUCCCCCAGGCCAUGUGUUUCCCGCUACGAAACUUCCAGGGGCAGAACAUCCAGCCAAGGUGCUGAAACCAGAAGAUUUUAAUCAAAACAACCGAGGGCGAGGGCGUGGGUAUCGUCCACAGCUUGGCUUCCAGAGAGGUAGCGGAUACAGAGGGGGUAACUUCUCCAGCGCUUCAGCUGAUCGCACUGUCAGCAUCUACAAUGAGGUGGAGAUGAUGAAAUGGCAGAUUGGGAGUUGGUUACCCGAUCUGGCCCCCAUUGCCGCCCUUCAGCAUCCACCCACGAUCCACUCCUUACCCCCUUGGUGCAGACACAAUCUACCGAAUCAGUAUGCCAACAUACCACCACCACAGACAGGAUACGGUGGUGGGCGAUACGGAGGUAGACAACAAGGUGGAAGAGGAGGAGGAGGGUAUAACCAACAGCAGUACGGACAACAGAAGCAGAGCUACAAUCAAGGUGGUAACCAGGGUAGCUACUAUCAAAACAGAGGUGACAGUAGGUCAGGAUACUCUGGACACCAAGGACAACAGCAAAGUGGACACGGAGGAACGGGUUGGUCUCGUAGUAACCAAGGACAACAAAAUGCCUACCAACAGAACCAGGAUAGAUACCAGCGACAACAACAACCACAAGGGUAUGGAAACAGUGGGCGUCACAGCCAGGGCUAUCAGCAGUCAAGCAGCCGCUCCUAUCCUCCACCACCUUCAGGCAAUCAACGCCGCUAUUAGGAUCCAUAGCUUCAACCAACAGCAGACGAAUGAGAGGUGACAUCCUGACCAAUGGUUUAAAUGAGCAGGGCCCAAUUUCGUGGC